CACUUUUUUUUUUACUCGCGAGUGAAGUUCGACCGCAAAGAAUAAAUGUGAAUAAAAAUAAAUAUAUCGUGAAGUAUCUAUAUGAAUUGUGUAUUUUAUGAAUCAAUUAGGGAAAAUUGAACAGCAAGUUUGCCGAGUAGUUAUUCUUUGAGGUUUAUUUUCGGUUCGGAAUUGGGGGGAUACAAAAUUGAAUUCUUUGCGGUAGUGAGAAUUGUGGACAAUCUAAACAAGGAGAGCUGACAAAAUGACGACGGACAUUUCAAUUGUUCGAUGGGACCCCAGCCAGGGUCCAGGCAACGAAUAUAUCGAUGAAUACGAAUACGAUGGCGGCAAUUCCAGUUCGCGGCUAUUUGAGAGGUCGCGCAUCAAGGCCCUUGCCGAGGAGCGAGAGAGCGUACAGAAGAAGACGUUCACCAAAUGGGUGAAUUCGCAUCUCUGCCGGGUCAAUUGCCGCAUUGCCGAUCUCUAUGUGGAUAUGCGGGACGGCAAGCAUUUGAUCAAGCUGCUGGAGGUUCUAUCCGGCGAACGACUGCCCAAGCCCACCAAGGGCAAGAUGCGUAUACACUGCCUCGAGAAUGUCGAUAAGGCGCUUCAGUUUCUGCGAGAACAGCGCGUCCAUCUGGAGAAUAUUGGCUCUCACGACAUUGUCGAUGGCAACGCCUCACUCAAUCUCGGUCUCAUUUGGACGAUUAUCUUGCGCUUCCAGAUUCAAGAUAUCACCAUCGAGGAGGUGGACAACAAGGAGACAAAGUCAGCCAAGGAUGCGCUGCUGCUGUGGUGCCAGAUGAAGACCGCUGGCUAUCACAAUGUGAAUGUGAGGAACUUUACGACCUCGUGGCGGGAUGGAUUGGCCUUCAAUGCGAUCAUACACAAACACCGUCCAGAUCUAGUGCAAUUUGAGAAGCUAUCGAAGACCAAUGCCAUACACAACCUAAACAAUGCGUUCGAUGUGGCCGAGGAUAAGCUUGGAUUGGCCAAGCUUCUGGACGCCGAGGAUGUGUGCGUGGAUCAUCCGGAUGAGAAGUCGAUCAUAACUUAUGUGGUCACGUACUAUCACUACUUCAGCAAGCUGAAGCAGGAGACGGUGCAGGGCAAGCGUAUUGGCAAAGUGGUUGGCAUUGCCAUGGAGAACGAUAAGAUGAUCCAUGACUAUGAGCACUUCACCAGCGAUCUGCUGAAAUGGAUCGAAACGACAAUACAAUCGCUGGGUGAGCGCGAGUUCGAGAACUCCCUGGCCGGCGUCCAAGGUCAACUGGCGCAGUUCUCCAAUUAUCGCACCAUCGAGAAGCCGCCCAAAUUUGUGGAGAAGGGCAACCUGGAGGUAUUGCUCUUCACGCUCCAAUCCAAGAUGCGAGCAAACAACCAGAAACCCUACACUCCCAAGGAGGGUAAAAUGAUAUCGGACAUCAACAAGGCCUGGGAGCGAUUGGAGAAGGCCGAGCAUGAGCGUGAGUUGGCGCUGCGCGAGGAACUGAUCCGCCAAGAGAAACUUGAACAGCUGGCGGCACGCUUCGAUCGCAAGGCUUCCAUGCGUGAGACCUGGCUGUCAGAGAAUCAGCGACUUGUUAGCCAGGAUAACUUUGGCUUCGAUCUGGCCGCUGUGGAGGCGGCUGCCAAGAAGCACGAAGCCAUCGAAACAGACAUCUUUGCAUACGAGGAACGUGUCCAGGCCGUUGUCGCUGUUUGUGAUGAACUGGAAUCGGAGCGUUAUCACGAUGUCAAACGUAUUCUGUUGCGCAAGGACAAUGUCAUGCGUUUGUGGACGUAUCUAUUGGAGCUGUUGCGUGCUCGUCGUAUGCGUCUGGAGAUCUCGCUGCAACUGCAGCAGAACUUCCAAGAGAUGCUCUACAUCCUGGACAAUAUGGAGGAAAUCAAACAGCUGCUGAUGACCGAUGACUAUGGCAAGCAUUUGAUGGGUGUCGAGGAUCUGCUCCAGAAGCAUUCGCUAGUUGAGGCCGACAUCAAUAUAUUGGGUGAGCGUGUCAAGGUCGUUGUGCAGAACUCACAGAAAUUCCUCAGUGAGGAUCCCGAAUCGUACAAGCCUUGCGAUCCCGAAAUCAUUGUCAGCCGUGUCCAGCAGCUGGAGGAUGCGUAUGCUGAGCUGGUGCGUCGUGCUGUUGAGCGUCGCAGCCAUUUGGAGGAGAGCCGCAAGCUUUGGCAGUUCUACUGGGAUACCGCCGAUGAGGAGAACUGGAUCAAGGAGAAGGAACAGAUCGUCUCAACCGAUGAGAUCGGUCACGAUUUGACCACGGUCAAUCUGUUGCUGAGCAAGCACAAGGCACUCGAAUCGGAGAUCACAUCGCAUGAUCCCCAACUCCAGAACGUGGCCAAGGUGGGUGCUGAGCUCAUUACCGAAGGUCACUUGGGCGCCGAUCGUAUUAAGGAUCGCCUCAAGGAGAUUUUGUCCAAGUGGGAUCAUCUGCUCGACUUGACCAAGUAUCGUCGCCAGCGACUGGAGAACGCUGUCGAAUACUUCCAGCUGUUUGCCGAUGCCGACGAUGUGGACAACUGGAUGCUGGACACGCUACGCAUUGUCUCCAGCGAGGAUGUCGGUCGCGAUGAGGCUAACGUUCAGUCGCUGUUGAAGAAGCACAAGGAUGUCGCCGAUGAGCUGAAGAACUACGCCGAGGUUAUUGACGCCCUGCACAAACAGGCCGAGACUCUGAAACUCAAUGAGCCCGAGAAGGCGAAUGUGGACAAGCGUCUGGAGGCAAUCGAUACACGCUACAAGGAGCUGACCGAGCUGGCCAAGCUGCGCAAACAGCGUCUCCUCGACGCACUCAGCUUGUACAAGCUGAUGUCCGAGGCCGAUGGUGUGGAGCAAUGGAUCAAGGAGAAGACCAAGAUGUUGGACACCAUGGUGCCUGGCAAGGAUAUCGAAGAUGUGGAGAUCAUGAAGCAUCGCUUCGAGGGCUUCGACAAGGAAAUGAAUGCCAAUGCGUCACGUGUGGCCGUUGUCAAUCAGCUCGCCCGCCAGCUGCUCCACGUCGAGCAUCCCAAUUCGGAUGAGAUUCUCGACCGCCAGAAUCAUCUCAACCAGGAGUGGUCGACACUGCGCGAAAAGGCCGAAGCUAAGAUGGAUGACUUGAAGUCCGCUCAUGGUGUGCAGACCUUCUACAUUGAGUGCCGCGAGACAAUCUCGUGGAUUGAGGACAAGAAGCGCAUCCUUACCGAAACGGACAGCCUGGAGAUGGACUUGACCGGAGUGAUGACGCUACAGCGCCGUCUCAGCGGCAUGGAUCGCGAUCUGGCUGCCAUUCAGGCAAAACUGUCGAGCCUGGGCCGCGAAGCCGAUAGCAUUGAGGUGGAACAUCCAGAGGAGGCCCAACUGAUCCGUAACCGUAUCGCACAAAUUGAACUGAUCUGGGAGCAGUUGACACAGAUGCUGAAGGAGCGCGACUCCAAGCUGGAGGAGGCUGGCGACUUGCAUCGCUUCCUGCGCGAUCUGGAUCACUUCCAGACUUGGUUGACCAAGACCCAAACAGAUGUUGCUUCCGAAGAUACGCCCACAUCGCUGCCAGAGGCCGAGAAGCUGUUGAACCAGCAUCAAUCCAUUCGCGAGGAAAUCGACAACUAUACCGAGGACUACAAAUCCAUGAUGGAGUACGGUGAGCGCUUGACCUCCGAGGGCAAUACGUCCGAGGAUCCGCAGUAUAUGUUCUUGCGAGAGCGCUUGAACGCAUUGAAGGACGGCUGGGAGGAGCUGCAUCAGAUGUGGGAGAAUCGUCAAGUGUUGCUGUCGCAGAGUCUCGAUCAGCAGCUCUUCAACCGGGAUGCUCGCCAGACCGAGGUGCUGCUUAGCCAGCAGGAGCAUUUCCUGAGCAAGGACGACACGCCGGUUAAUCUAGAACAGGCCGAGAAUCAAUUGAAACGUCAUGAAGCCUUCCUCACCACCAUGGAGGCCAACGAUGAUAAGAUCAAUACGCUGCUCCAGGUGGCCGACACCCUUGUGGAGAAGGAGCACUUCGAUGCGGAAAAGAUUGGCAAGCGAGCGGAGAAUAUAACCGGACGUCGCGACGAUAAUCGCCAGCGGGCGCUUGAUCAGCACGAGAAGCUAAAGAACCAGGUGAAAUUGCACGAAUUCUUGCAGGAUCUGGAGGAAUUGGCCGAGUGGGUGCAGGAGAAGUAUGUCACAUCGCAGGAUGAGACCUACCGUAGCGCCAAGACCAUUCACUCCAAAUGGACAAGGCAUCAGGCCUUCGAGGCUGAGAUUGCUGCUAACAAGGAGCGCCUGUACGAGGCCGAGAAGUCCGCCCAGGAGCUGUCCAAGGAGAAGCCCGAGUUCAAGGAUGUCAUCGAGCCGAAACUUAAGGAGCUGGCUAAGCAAUUCGAUGACCUCGAGGUGCACACCAAGGAGAAGGGCGCCCUGCUCUUCGAUGCCAAUCGCGAGGUGCUGGUUCAGCAGACAUGCGAUGACAUCGACUCCUACAUUACAGAUCUGGAGAAGCAGAUCGUGAGCGGUGACACUGCCAACGAUCUGACCUCUGUCAAUAUACUCAUGCAGAAGCAACAGGUCAUCCAGACCCAGAUGGCGGUCAAGGCACGCCAAGUAGAAGAGAUUGACAAGCAGACCGAAUAUCUGCAAAAGACAGUGCCCGAGGAGAAGAUCGAACCGAUUGUCGUCAAGAAGACGGCAGUGCUAGAGCGCUUCGAGAAGAUCAAGGCGCCGUUGCUGGAGCGCCAGAAGCAGCUGGAGAAGAAGAAGGAGGCCUUCCAGUUCUGUCGCGAUGUCGAGGAUGAGAAACUCUGGAUCAAUGAAAAGCUGCCCGUGGCCAACUCCACAGAUUAUGGCAACUCUCUCUUCAAUGUGCAUGUUUUGAAGAAGAAGAACCAAUCGCUGGCCACCGAAAUCGAUAACCACGAGCCACGCAUCAAUGCCAUCUGCAACAAUGGCCGCAAGCUGAUCGAUGAGGGUCACGAGGAUGCAAAGAAAUUCGAAGCCUUGAUCAGCGACCUAACAGCCAAAUGGCAGGAGCUGAAGGAUGCGAUCGAGAAUCGCAAGCGUCAUCUGCUCGAGUCGGAGAAGGUGCAGCAGUACUUCUUCGAUGCCCAGGAGGCUGAGUCAUGGAUGAGCGAACAGGAGCUCUACAUGAUGGUCGAGGAUCGCGGCAAGGACGAGAUCAGUGCCCAAAAUCUAAUGAAGAAACACGAAAAUCUUGAGCAAUCCGUGGAGGACUAUGCCAACACCAUUCGUCAGCUAGGCGAGGUAGCACGCCAAUUCAGCAGCGAUGAUGUAUCCAGCGGUGAUGCCGUUGCCGUUAAGCAGUCCCAGCUGGACAAGCUGUACGCAGGUCUCAAGGAUCUGGCUGGCGAGCGUCGCGCUCGCUUGAAUGAAGCGCUGCAGCUGUUCAUGCUGAGCCGCGAGGUUGACGAUCUAGAGCAAUGGAUUACCGAUCGUGAGGUGGUUGCCGGCUCACAGGAACUUGGCCAGGAUUAUGAUCAUGUGACGCUACUCUCUGAGCGUUUCAAUGAGUUUGCCCGUGACACCGAGGCGGUGGGAGGAGAACGCGUGGCCAAGGUCAAUGGCAUUGCGGAUAAUCUGAUACAGGCUGGACAUUCGGAUUCGGCAACGAUUGCCGAGUGGAAGGAUAAUCUGAACGAGUCGUGGCAGGAUCUGUUGGAGCUGAUUGAGACACGUACCCAGAUGUUGGCCGCAUCGCGGGAGUUGCACAAAUUCUUCCAUGACUGCAAAGAUGUCCUGGGUCGCAUACUCGAGAAGCAGCACGGCGUCUCCGAUGAGCUGGGCCGUGAUGCUGGCUCCGUGUCAACGUUGCAGCGUAAACACUACAACUUCCUGCAGGAUCUGACAACUCUGUAUUCGCAAGUGCAACAGAUUCAGGAGGAAUCUGCCAAGCUGCAGGAUGCCUAUGCCGGCGACAAGGCCAAGGAGAUAACCAAUCGGGAACAGGAAGUGCUCCAUGCCUGGGACAACCUGCAGGCCAUGUGCGAUGCACGCAGACAAAAGUUGGCCGACACCGGCGAUCUGUUCCGGUUCUUUAAUAUGGUGCGCAUCCUCACCAUCUGGAUGGAGGAUCUGGUGCGCCAGAUGAACACUUCGGAGAAGCCGCGCGACGUAUCCGGCGUCGAGCUGCUCAUGAACAACCAUCAGAGUCUAAAGGCCGAGAUCGAUACGCGCGAGGAUAACUUCAGUGCGUGCAUAUCGCUCGGCAAGGAGCUGUUAACGCGCAAUCAUUAUGCCUCCGCUGACAUCAAGGAUCGCCUGAAGCAGCUGAACAACAGUCGCAAUGCCCUGCUCCUACGCUGGGAGGAACGUUGGGAGAAUCUGCAAUUGAUUCUGGAGGUGUACCAGUUUGCCCGAGAUGCUGCCGUUGCCGAGGCAUGGCUUAUCGCCCAAGAGCCAUAUCUGCUCUCCUCCGAGCUGGGACACACCAUCGAUGAGGUUGAGAAUCUGAUCAAAAAGCACGAAGCAUUCGAAAAGUCAGCCGCCGCACAGGAGGAGCGCUUCAGCGCACUUGAGCGUUUGACAACAUUUGAGCUUAAGGAAAUGAAACGGCGCCAAGAGAAAGCGGAGGAGGCUGAACGCCAGCGCAUUAAGGAGGAACAGGAGGCUAAGGCCGCAUCCGAGGCUGCAGAGUUGGCCAAGCGUGAGGCCGAGCGUCGCGAUGAUGUCGAUGUGGGCGCUGGUGCCCAUGACGAAGCAGCUGCUGCAGACACGGCCGUCGAUACCGAGCGCGUUAUCGAGACCCAAACAGAGCGUGGCGCCACACCAGCUGCUGGAGAUGGUCAGGAGGGAUAUGUGACCCGAAAGCAUGAAUGGGAGUCGGCUACCAAGAAGGCCUCCAAUAGAUCCUGGGAUAAGGUUUACAUGGCUGCACGAAGCGGACGCGUUUCGUUCUUCAAAGAUCAGAAGGGUUGCAAGAGCAAUCCCGAAUUGACCUUCCGCGGUGAGCCCAGUUAUGAUCUGCAGGGCGCUGUCAUCGAAAUAGCCAGUGAUUAUACCAAGAAGAAGCACGUGCUGCGAGUAAAGCUCGCUAGUGGCGCUGAGUUCUUGCUGCAGGCCCACGAUGAUACCGAGAUGUCACAGUGGGUGUCCGCUUUGAAGGCCCAGAGCGAAUCGGCAGCUGUGGCGGCUAGCAGAUCCCAAACUUUGCCAGCUACUUCACAAAAGGACGAACCAAAGCGCAGAUCGUUUUUUACUUUAAAGAAAAAGUAAAUGCAAUUAUAUAAGAGCAGCUAAUUAAAACAAUACAAAAAAAAAAAAAAAAA